AUGGUAAAAAUAUCAAGUUCAACUGAUCCAAUUAGUUUGCCAAUAUCUGAUGUAACAAGCUCUAAUGAUAACCUCAAUAGUCAGUUUAGUGAUUUAUAUAACACUGAAGAGAACAAUGACUUUCGAGAAUGUGUUUCUCAAAUUGAUGAUGACAAUGGUUUGCCAAUUUUUAAAAGCUCAACAAAUAGUUUGUGGCCUAUACUUUGCUUGCUUAAAAAUUCUGGAUUGUGUCCAUUUCCGAUUGCGGUAUAUUUUAGUAAAAGCAAACUAACUUCCCUUGAUGAUUAUAAUGAAGAUUUUGUUUCAGAAAUGACUAUACUAGAGUGGACAGGGUUUAGAAAAAAUAAGAAAUAUUAUUCUAUCAAAUUAAAAGCGUUUAUUUGUGAUACAUCAGCACAAGCUUUUAUAAAGUGCAUCAAACCUCACAACAGUUAUAAUUUCUGUAAAAGGUGUGUACAAACUGGUGAAUUGGUUGGAAAAGUUGUUAUGCCUAAUCGAUUUACUGGUUUGCAAACAGACAGUGAUUUCUAA